GGAGCCAACCCUGUGAGAAAAAAAAAAAAAACACAAGGGAGGAAAAAAAAACUCAUUGAAAUUCUUCAAUCGGGUUGCUUCGGAAAGACUUUGCAAACUACCCCGGUCAGAGAAUAUCCCCGCCGGGCGAAGCAGAAGUCUAGAGAGCUGGGGUGAUGGAGGAUUCCCAUUUCAAUUCUUCAUAUUUCUGGUCCCCUGUACAGGGACAGAUAGAGAAUGCUGUAUUUCUCAAUAAGGUAAAAGAGCAGCUUGGUCAGGACAAAGCCCACACCUACUCACAUGGCCCUGCCCACUAUCCCACCACAGCAGUGGUGGCAGUUGCUGGGGGUGCCAUGGAUACAAUGACAGCAAGGACACUAAAACAGGAGCAUGCACAACCAUCUCAGUCCUCACACAGUAUCACAGUGUUGCCAGUACCACCUACUGGCAUUAUGACGGCAGCGGGUUUGGUCACUCUGGUGUCUCCAGUGUCAUCUGCUCAGUCCUUUAUUCCUGGACAUCCAUCUACCACCAUGAUAACAGUCCAGACUGACAAGAAAAAUGACUCCGUGCCCUGCUCACCGGUUAUCAUCCCAUUACCGUCGAAACGAGGCAGAAAGAAGAAAGACACACUCCCAUUGGUUGGCUCACCUACUAGGACAGAUCACUUUAUUUUGGGUCUUUCAGGGCAGCAUCAUUCUGCCAACCCUUACAGUCUAUCCCCAGAAGAAGGGCAUCCUGGGAAAGAGGGUGGAAAAACAUACAGGUGCCGGAUGUGUGGUUUGAUGUUCUGCAAUAAGUCAAACAUGCAGCUGCACUCCAAGUCACACACGGAGGUGAAAGCUCACCAGUGUCCGCACUGCUCCAAAUCCUUCGCUUACACCAGCUACCUGGCCCAGCACAUCCGCAUCCACAGCGGUGCCAAGCCCUACACCUGCUCCUACUGCCAGAAGGCUUUCAGACAGCUCAGUCACUUACAGCAGCACACACGAAACCACACAGAAACCAAACCUCAUAAGUGUCCUCACUGCUCGAAAUCAUUUGCCAACACAAGCUACCUUGCUCAGCAUAUACGAAUACACACAGGAUCUAAACCUUACACCUGUAACUACUGCCAGAAGACCUUCAGACAGCUCAGUCACUUACAGCAACACCAGAGGAUCCACACAGGAGACAGGCCAUACAAAUGUGCACAUCCUGGUUGUGAGAAGUCUUUCACUCAGCUCUCUAACCUACAGUCUCAUCGGCGUCAGCACAACAAGGACAAACCGUAUAAGUGUCACCACUGUAACCGUGGCUAUGUAGACGAAGCCAGCCUGGAGGUUCAUCUGUCCACUCACACGGUCAAGCACGACAAGCUGUACUCCUGUGGUUUAUGCAACCGCACAUAUACCUCGGAAACGUAUCUGAUGAAGCACAUGCGAAAACACGCUCCUAAUAUGCUUCCAUCUCCACCCAGAUCAAACCAACAAAGUCACAGCCCCGGUCACGCAGGAGGAAACGGCUCAAAUGGAGACGCACAAAGCCAAGCUGAGAGAAUCAAUGCCUUCCAGCCAGUCGGUGUGCCGUGCAUAUUCGACUUGAACCAAUACAAACCAGUACCUUCUGCAGAUGUGCAGUAUAAAACUGUCAGUGUAUCUGACAUCUCCCCUCACAAAGACCUCUGCAUCACUGUGGAGGCUUCUGCCAUACAGGUGGAUCACCUGAACUCAUGAGGAAUCCCAUGGAGCGAGGGAUGAAACUUUGGAGGUUAGAAAAAACGUUUGCAAUUGACGAGAUCCACAGAGCGGUGGAUAUAGAAUAACUUUUCUUACUUGAUAUCUUUUUAUUUGUAUGAAGGAGCAAUUGGAUUUAAAUGGACAGAAGUGAAGAAAUUUUGUACUAUUUUUCUUUUUCCAUUCCAUUUUUUUAUUUAAAUUUUUUUUACAUGUAUUGCCGUAAUUCUGAUCUUCCUCCCAAAAGCUUCCUAGAAGACUUGCUGUUUCAGUGGGUACCCAGCUCAUAUCUCAAGUCUUUUUGUGAAAUUUCUGGUUUAUCUUGUUUGUAUGAUUGUCUUCAUCUGUAGUUGUUGGUACGAUCACUGCACUGUCAACAUUCUUAUUGUUACUGUCAAUGUGUCUUGCACAGUGUGUAUGGGAACUGUUGGUCUUUUUUUUUUUUAAGGGAAAUGUGUUCAUAUGCAGUCAUAUGUAAAACAAAAGCACGUUUGGUUAUCAGAUGUAUUGUGAGUGAAUGAGUAAAGGACAACUGUAAAUAGGACAAAAAGAUGUGUGUCAGCUAAUGUUGAUUGCAAAUAUCUUAUUAGAUGUUUUUAUUGGAAAAAUUAUCCUGUUUUGUAUUUCCAUUUGCAGAUGACAUGUAAUAUUCCAUUAUUCCAUUAAUAGAAUAUAUUCUAUUCUAUUGUAACUACUGUUAUACUAUCAAAAUAACUGUUAACAUACAACAGCCUCUAAGCAUUAACAAAAUCAGAUUAGUGUGCAUUAACCCUUUAAAACAAGAUAUUAAAAACAAAUCUGAAAUUA